ACAACGCGAACAAGUGCAUCAACUCUCUCGACCAGCCUCUCCAACCCGUAUCAAUCGACCACUUGCCGCCGUCGCGAGGCCAGCGCUCUCCAGUGCCAGUCAAGAUGGGUGGAGUUCCGUCGGUCCCGACUGAUCCCAGCCGCGAUAUCCAAGUGAUCAGCGCUGGCUACUCCAGAACGGGAACCGUGUCCAUGAGCCUCGCCCUCGAGGAGCUCCUUGGCGGUCCCGUGUGCCACGGAGGCACCCAACUCCUCGGCCGUGAAGACGAAUACGUCAAGAAGUGGAUCGACGUGUACAGACACCGCCACGACAAACCCCAACUGAUGAAGCUGUUGCGCGAGGUCACCCGCGGCUUCGUCGCCAUCGCCGACGUGCCGGGGAACCAUUUCAUCCCCGAGCUCAUGGAGCUGUACCCGGAUGCCAGGGUCGUCGACGUCAAUCGCGACCCCGUGAAAUGGUGGGCCAGCUUGGGGACCGUCGUCCAGAAUGCCACCCCGAAGUGGCUGUAUUACUUCCUCAUGCCCAUGCCAGGCUGGCGCUGGUUCCCUGUCGCAAUAGAAUGCAUGAUCCAGAGAUCCCCCGAGAUUCCCGGAAACGACGUCUACGGUCCUGAGCUCCUCGAGCGUCACCACAAGUACCUCCGAGACGUAGUACCCGGAGACAAGCUCCUCGUCAUGGAACUCAAGGAUGGAUGGGCUCCGCUGUGCAAGAUGCUGGAUAAGCCGGUCCCCAAUAAGCCGUUCCCGCGGGUCAACGACAAGGACGCAGUCAAUGCUCUCGCACGGAAGAUCAUGGUGAAGACCGCGCUCGUGUGGUUGGGGAUCUUCGCAUCGAUCGCCCUGGUGUGCUGGGCUAAUUGGAGGAUGAUUUCGUGAGCUGGGGAUUGCUUGGAAGGUUGAUUGCAGUGUAACGGGGUUGAUUUUUGGAGAGUGAACGACGACAUUGAGCCCCGAGGUGAUGACGGAAGACGCCCCUGCGAUGGCGCAAUUUUAAGCCUCAACCAUAUGCGGGCCAACUCUUGGGCACCGAAUCACAGGGGAAAUUGGACAU